ACUACUGGUUUUAUUCUGAAAUUGGAGAGGGCUUCCUGUCAGAACAGCCUCUGCUGCUAUUAUUUUGAAACUCCCACCGGAUCUCCAGGUGUCGUUUAUAUGUCGUCCACUUCCGGACUCUCACCGACUGUCCUUCAGACAGUGAGCCCGACCAUGAGCGCUCUUCUGCGGGCUGCGCGUGUGCUCCUCCUCGGCCUCCUCUGGGUCUCCCUCUCCCCGUCCUCCUCCUGCCGGGUCCGGAUCCCGCCUCACGACCAGGUGGCCCGGGUCGCCCGCUUCGUCGCCCACCAGUGUGACUGGGCCUCCAUGGCCACCAUCUCCAGCCACAAGCCCGUGGUGGGACAGCCGUUCUCCAACGCCUUCUCGGUCAGCGACGGGCCGGAGGGCUCCAGCUCCGGGGUGCCCUACAUGUACCUGACCCGGAUGGAGAUCUCCGUGCAGGACCUGGAGGUGAACCCUCAGGCGUCUCUGUCCAUGUCUCUGGCUCAGACUGAUUACUGCAGACAGCAGGGCUUCGACCCUCAGAGUCCUCUCUGCGCUCACAUCAUCCUGUCUGGAUCUGUGAUGGAGGUGAACGGCACGGAGGCGGACUUUGCUAAGAAAGCUCUGUUCAGUCGACAUCCGGAGAUGAUCGACUGGCCGUCUGAUCACAACUGGUUCUUCGCCAAGUUCAACAUCACACAGGUGUGGGUGUUGGAUUAUUUUGGCGGGGUGAAGACCGUCACUCCGGAGGAAUACUUCCAGGCAACGCCGCACAGGAAGCACCACUGACGCUGACUGGUUCUCUGCUCAGGAGGCCGAUGGUGCACGAGCCGGGGAUCGAACCUGCGACGUGGGCGGUGUGCUGCAGGUUUGAAUCCCGCUCUCGUUCUACAGGACGACAUCCCGAUGUCAACUAUAAACUCUGCGAGAGAAAUCGCACUCCGGAGCUGCUUCCUGACGUUUAGCAGAAUAUAAAACUAACGCAUGUUUGAUGGGAAAACUCACAGACGAUGAUACAUUUCAGCUCCAGAUGUUUCUUUCAGUCUCAUAUUUUAAAUUACAAAGCAGUUUGAAACGUUCAGAUUAGUUUUAGUAGAUGCACAUUUUCUCAACAUUAAUGAAUAUUUUUUUUAAUUUGGCGACAUUGAACAUUUUAAUAAUAAAAUAAUGAAUAAAAAGUCUGCUGGAGUUUAAAUUCUCCGAAAUGAAAAUGUAUCAUCUCUUGUUUUUUCCUUCCAAUCAUCAACUCCAAUAAUCCUGAUCACAGUAUCGAUCAAAACAAUCAACAGUGAUUCUUCCUUAUGGAUCAAUCAGCUGAUCAGUGUUUGUGGCCGGUGUCUUUUCUUACACAGAAAUUCAGACUUGAACAGUGAAUCUCAGGUUUCUGCUGCUGAUCAGAGUCAAAAGAUAUAGAUGUGUGAUUGUAUAUGUGCGCACAGGUGUGUGAAAUAAUAUCAGGUGUGUCGUCAGUCAGAAGCCAGCUGCAGUGCUGGAGUUUGGCCACUGGAGGGAGCCGCUGAGCUUCUAAUCAAACCCAUAAAAACAGACGAGGAGGCUUCACGAAUACCAGAAACACAAUUAAAUAGUUUUCAUAAUUUGCCUCAUGUGCAGAGGCAGAAGGCUUUCAAUAAGAAUCUAAAAUAAAACAUAUAAAACUACUAAUUCCAUUUAAACUUCUCUCUUAAUUGAAAACAUUUUUAAAGCUCUGUACCUUUUUAUAAAUUUGCUGUGACAGGAAACACACUUUUAUUUCUCUUUUUCUCACUUUGGUUUGGUUUUGUGGCUCAGUGCAGCUCCACACACCAAACUCCAUUCACUAAAACUAAGAUUUAAGGUGUGUGAUUUGAUGGGGUUUGCACUAGAACGGAACAGCAACAAACUGCACUUUAUAACUUUGUCAUAGACGAACAGAGUAAACAGAAAUACAGAUUCAGAUGUGGAAACAGGUUUGACAAAUAUUACAGGAGUAUUACGACAAAAUGUUGAUCUACAGAUGCCAUAAUUAAAUUAACUAGUUUUAAAUACAGAUUCAAUAGGUUUAUUAUUGGCAGGAGCUUCUAAUUAUUUCUACUAAAACAGCUUCUUUCUACAAGAAAAACCAAAGGUUCAGUGUAUGCAAACAGGUUUAUUGAUUCUUUAGUCAUCAUUUAAUGACUACAUCUCCCAUGAGUCUCAGCAGUCAGCAGGCUGUUAAAAACCUCAUGGGAGCUGUAGUUCUUGAAUGCUAAAUAAAUAAUACUUGUUAUGAAUGUGAGAGUUCGUUGUUUAAACCUUGGAAACAGUAGUUUGACAAAAAAACAUCUUGACUCAAGGUUCACUUACUAGUUUUCAAACACAUCUCAUGUUCUUCGUUCCAAGAGAUUUUUUAUAUAUGUAAUAUUUCUGAUAAAAUGACAAAGUGUUCAGAUAUUACUGAACUCCAGAUCAGCUGUUCAUUUAUCUUCAAACACAAACAGAAGCUGAAAGAUUUUUCAGAAAAUACCACAGAAACGGCACGUAAAUGGGGCGGGGCUUAUCCUCCGUCAGGGGCGGAGCUUCAGCUCGUCUUCCAAUGCGAUGUGGUCUGUAGAAGAUUAGUUAUUACAUAAUUCUUCUCGCUGCGAUAAUAACUUUGGUGACGUCUUCUGAAGUCGAAUGGAUCUGUUUGUGUGACGCCUUAAACAUCUUUAUACUCCAACAACUUUACAAUAUUCUGCUUCUUCAUGCUGGCGGGAAAUAAUGCUUUCGUAAUGUCAUAAGAAGUCUUUGCUGUGAAAUUUCAUUUUUUGAAAGUAUAUAAACAGAUGAUUUGCAUAAAUAAAGUUUGUGCUGAAAACAAAAAA